AUUUGUAAGCCCAAUUUCCUAUCAAAUGAUAGCCAAGUCUGUUUAGCAAGGGGAGUAGCCUAGGUUUUCUUUCUCAGUGAUUUCUUCUAUUCUUCAUCAUCAAACUUGGAAGGUAGCAUCGGAUUGUCUUUUAGCUUGUGAAGUAAAGAUGGUGAAACUGACUAUGAUCGCUCGUGUCAUUGAUGGGCUUCCACUGGUAGAAGGACUGGACGAUAGUCGUGAUGUGCCAGAUGCUGACUUCUACAAACAGCAAGUCAAGGCUUUGUUCAAAAACCUCUCAAGGGGUCAGAACGAGCCUUCAAGAAUGUCGAUUGAAACAGGCCCAUAUAUCUUCCAUCAUAUUAUUGAAGGGCGUGUUUGUUAUUUGACAAUGUGUGAUCGUGCUUAUCCCAAGAAACUUGCGUUUCAAUAUCUGGAAGACCUUAAGAAUGAAUUUGAGCGUGUCUAUGGAAAUCAGAUUGAAACGGCUGCAAGACCUUAUGCUUUUAUUAAAUUUGAUACAUUCAUACAGAAAACAAAGAAAUUGUACCAGGAUACAAGAACCCAGCGGAAUAUUGCAAAGUUGAAUGAUGAACUUUAUGAAGUCCACCAGAUAAUGACUCGCAAUGUACAGGAAGUUCUUGGUGUUGGUGAAAAGUUGGACCAGGUCAGUCAGAUGUCAAGUCGCUUGACAUCUGAAUCCCGCAUAUAUGCUGAAAAGGCAAAAGAUUUGAACCGCCAGGCUCUGAUUAAGAAAUGGGCCCCUGUUGCUGUUGUUCUAGGAGUUGUUUUCCUCCUCUUUUGGGUCAGAAACAAGUUCUGGUAAAUACUGCCAUUGAUCUGCAGUUGAUAGUCACUGUUUCGGUAUCUUAAAUAUGCAUUUCAUCUUGAGGUGACUAGCAAUUUUUUGUUACAAAACUACCUUCCUAAGGCUGUGAGACAUCGAUUCAUGACGAGAAAAGAAAUAUAUAUUAUUUAGAGAUAAAUAGAUAGAACUUCUGUUGUGGGCUGAAACAGAUUCAGUAACGCAUACAAAUGUUAUUAUUCUGUAUCCUUAUUUUCAGAUGUUGCGUUUUAGACUGCACUAAGACAGGACAAGGUUAAUGAUACUAAAAAUCAGUUCAGAAAUCUUUUUUAAUGGAAAGGAUGUGAAAAUUUUGGACA